AAAUUCAACAUCAACUAGUGAAUAUUUGACAAUGGCUUAUGCAUUUGAUGGUGUAGCAAUAUGCAGUAAUGCUUUUUUAAAAUUAUAUAAUUUAUCAAAAAAUAGAUUAAAUGGUUUAAAAAAUCAUUAUAAAGAUAAUGAUAUUGUACCAAAAGUGCAUUUAAGCAAAGGAAAAAAGGUUUCUCAUAAUAAAUUCUCUUUUGAGACAAUAUUAAAAGUGCUUACUUUUUUAAAAAUUUAUGCAAAUUUGAAUGGUCGCCAUUUUAAAAGAGAUACAAAGGCAAUUAUUUAUUUACCUACAAAAGACAGCUACACAGGAAUGCAUGAGGGAUUUUUAUGUUGUAUUGGAACUGAGACAGAAGAUCAUAUUGGCUAUUCAACCUUUACUAAAGAAUCAACAGGACUAAAUGCUUCUAGACAAUGGUAUUUGUAUGAUCAGAUACGAGAUUUAGUGCAAAAUCCUGAUAAAAGAAAUAAUAUUUGUCCAGAACCUUCUGUACCUAGGCCUUAA